AUGGGCGAUAUGGUUCUGCAGAAACAAAAGGUCCGUGAAAAUGUCUCUGUCAAUGCGGUGUUUACAGCUGCGGGUUUCGCAAAGCUCGUGACUGACUAUGGCAGCUACGCUAAGAAAGUUUUUAGCAAUCCUCUGAGCCCAAAAUUUAUUUCAGCAUCGUCUUGGAGCUGCCCCCCUGCUGGGUUGAUUAAAUUUAAUGUGGAUGCACACAUUGUUGUGGGGUUGUACAUCAGUCUUGGUGUGGUGGAUAGGGAUGAGAAUGGAGGGGUGUUGCUUGAUGCUGUCCGAAGGUAUGCAGGGGAGUGGGAGGUGGAAAUGGCUGAAGCAGCUGCUGUGAGGUUUGGAAUGAAUAUUGAUUGCAGAUUCAAUUACCAGAAAAUAUGGGUUGAAAGUGAUGCGGCUUCUAUGGUCAGUAAGGUGGAUAACCAUUCCAUGGGCUCUUCUCCAACUUGGCUUAUCCAUGAUGAUAUUAAAAGGCUAGAUAAUGACUUUGAUGUUUUUGUUAUUUCUCAUGUUAAACGAGUAGACAAUUCGGUAGCUCAUUUAGUAGCUAGAUGGGUUACCAAUGGUAGUACUGAACGUGUAUGUAUGAACUGUUUCCCCCAAGGUCUUAGGAAUUUGGCGGAACUUGAUUUGCAAUAA